UUUUUUCUAUUUUUCCAGGUUUUUGUACAAUACAUAAAAGCUAGGAAAAGCUGUAAUGCCAUGGACAAGUUCCCUGCCUUCAGCGACUCCUAUGUUGGACCGAUGUCCAGACUUUGCUACAGGGAUCCUUUCGAUAGCCUUGCUUUGUAUCCGGAGGCCCCAUACCCAUUUCCUGGGCCUGAGGAUUUGUCUCUGCUUCCAUUAAUGCCAGAGCAACUGCCUGCUGAAUAUUCCUACAGUAAUCCUUGCAGUUUUCCAUUUCAAGCCUCCUGUGGGAAUUUUGGAAGAUGUGAAUACUCCUGCAACCCUGCUUUCAUCAGAAAGAGAAACGAAAGGGAAAGGCAGAGGGUUAAGUGUGUCAAUGAAGGAUAUGCCAAACUCAGGCAUCACCUACCUGCUGAGUAUUUGGAGAAACGGCUCAGUAAAGUUGAAACACUUCGAGCUGCAAUUAAAUACAUCAAGAAUCUCCAAUCUAUGCUACCUAAUGAUUCAGAUGGAAAUAGUAGGGGAGAUCACCAGUCCUCCCACGACAGCUCCAGUCAAAUCCCAAACAUGUCAUAGUCUGAUCCAGGACAAACACAGUGACUCCAUAUUGACCCUGUAAGGAUCAAAUAAUAUAUACUUGGAAGACUUAAUUUCAGCACAUAUGAGUACAAAAUGAAUGUUGCUACAAUGUCUAGAACUUUUAAAAGACUGGAAAAAAAAUCCAAAAUAUGUUCAAUAAUAUGUAGGAAUUAUUGCUGAAGAUUUGAUGGGAGGCAACACAAUGUACAUCUCAAGCUAUAUACGUCAAAUAAAGGAAAAAUUAAUAAA